AUGUGGUUUAGUACACUUCACUUCCGCAUAGGUGUUUUAGCCUGAGUGGAGGCAAACCUUCAUGAUGGAGAGUUUAACUGCUCCUCCUAGUUAAGUCACACUCAUUGUCUAAUCCUCAAUAGACGUAAACCUGAAAAUCGUGUUUGUAAAAGCCGUCGUCUGUAUGAGCUGGUCAGAAAGCGCUCCCUGCCCGCUGACACUUCCUCCUGACUGAGCUGCUCACUCGGGAGUGGAGAAUGGAGCUCGGGCUGUGUGAAGUCAUCCACUGCUUACUGGCCCUGGCUGUCUUCAUCCUGCUCGUGCUUGUUGUAAUCGCCCAUGUCACUGCUGGGAUGGUGGAUCAGAGGUGUGAUGAGAAGGAGAAGCACUUUCUCACUGCGGCGGGUGUGAGAAAGCCUUUCCCCAGUCUGUAUGAGCCUCCUUCGCUGGAACUUUCUGUGGUGGUGCCUUCCUACAAUGAGCAAUCCAGACUGCCUGUUAUGAUGGAAGAAGCCAUGGAGUAUCUUGAGAAAAGACAGAAGAAAAAUCCUUCAUUUACCUAUGAGGUCAUUAUAGUCGAUGAUGGCAGCAAAGACAAAACUACAGAGGUUGCCUUAGGAUACACAAAAAAGUUCGGGGAGGAUAAAGUGAGGGUACUGACUCUAGUGAAGAACAGAGGGAAAGGGGGCGCUGUACGCAUGGGCACUCUGCGCACACGUGGACGUCUCAUCUUAAUGGCUGAUGCAGAUGGAGCCACAAAGUUUGCUGACAUUGAAAAGGCGGAGGCUGGACUAAAGAAUCUCAGUCAGAAACCAGACAACAUGGCUAUCGCUUGUGGGUCUAGGGCUCACCUGGAAAAGGAAUCAGUGGCUCAGCGCUCUCUGUUCCGGACCUUCCUGAUGUACGGCUUCCACUUCUUGGUGUGGUUCUUUUGCGUCAAAGGGAUCAAGGACACGCAGUGUGGCUUUAAGCUCUUUACUCGUGAAGCAGCGCUGAGGACAUUCAGCAGUCUGCAUGUGGAACGCUGGGCAUUUGAUGUGGAGCUUCUGUACAUCGCCCAGUGCUUUAAGAUACCUAUAGCUGAAGUGGCGGUUAACUGGACAGAAAUAGAAGGAUCAAAGUUAGUGCCGUUCUGGAGCUGGCUACAAAUGGGAAGAGAUCUCAUCUUCAUCAGACUACGGUACUUUACUGGUGCCUGGAAAUUGGAGUAUCCACGGAAAUCCCAGUAGACCUUGCUGCUGUUGGUGUGUGGAUUUACAUGAGCGUGCUGCAAUGUGUGCCAUGCAACACCCACAAAUGAUUGCUACAAAUGAUAGUGAGAUACUGUUGCCGUUAUUAAAUGACUACAAACUG